CCUUGGGAAGGCCGCGGCGCCUUGUCGGGAGUGGGAGCCUGGGCUGUGAGUGCGGGCCACGGGAACCAAGUCUCGGGCAGAGGAACACCUUAGUCCUCAGGGGCCUCAGACCAGGUGUGCCCUCGGCGGGAAGUUGCACAUCUGGAAAGUACAGAGGCCCCCACCUCGGGUAGACUAUGGUGCCGCCGCGGAAUGUAGUGAAGAUCGCCGUCCAGAUGCGCGACGCCAUCCCGCAGCUCAUCCAGCUGGACCAGGCGAAACCCCUGGCCGCUGUGCUGAAGGAGGUGUGCGACGCGUGGAGCUUGCCUCACUCUGAGCGCUAUGCCCUACAGUUUGCUGAUGGGCACAGGAGAUACAUCACUGAGAACAACCGCACGGAGAUCAAGAAUGGCAGCAUCCUGUGCCUCAGUACUGCCCCAGACCUUGAGGCUGAGCGGUUGUUGCGUGGGCUGCAGAGCGAGAGUUGUGAAGGGCGCCGGGAAGCCCUUCAGCACCUCGUCCUGCUGGCCCCAGACAUGACCUUCACCCGGGAAGUCAUCAGCCGUGAUGGGCUUCAGAGACUAGGCUCCAUCAUUGAGGAUGGGGAUGACCUAGGAGAGGUGCUGGCCCUCGCACUGAGGGCCUUCUUGGAGCUCAUGGAGCAUGGUGUGGUGUCCUGGGAGACGCUCAGCAUCCCCUUUGUUAGGAAGGUGGUGUGCUAUGUGAACAUGAACCUCAUGGAUGCAUCUGUGCAGCCCCUGGCCAUGGGGUUGCUGGAGAGUGUGACCUUGAGCAGCCCUGCCCUGGGCCAGCUGGUCAAGAGUGAGGUGCCACUGGAUAGGCUGUUGGUGCACCUACAGGUGAUGAACCAGCAGCUGCAAACCAAGGCCAUGGCACUGCUGACAGCUUUGCUGCAGGGGGCCAGCGCUGCUGAACGUAAGCACAUGCUUGACUACCUGUGGCAGAGAAACCUUCGCCAGUUCAUCUACAAGAACAUCAUCCAUAGUGCAGCGCCACUGGGCGACGAGAUGGCUCACCACUUGUACGUACUGCAGGCCCUUACACUGGGGCUGCUGGAGCCACGCAUGCGGACGCCACUGGACCCCUACAGCCAGGAGCAGCGGGAGCAGCUGCAGGCCCUGCGUCAGGCUGCCUUUGAACCAGAGGGGGAGUCCCUGGGCACUGGGCUGAGUGCUGACCGUCGCCGUUCCCUCUGUGCCCGCGAGUUCCGCAAACUGGGCUUCUCUAACAGCAACCCUGCGCAAGACCUGGAGCGCGUGCCCCCUGGCCUGCUGGCCCUGGACAACAUGCUCUACUUCUCCAGACACGCGCCCAGCGCCUACAGCCGGUUUGUGUUGGAGAACAGCAGCCGUGAGGACAAGCACGAGUGUCCCUUUGCCCGGAGCAGCAUCCAGCUGACUGUGCUGCUGUGUGAACUGCUCCAUGUCGGGGAGCCUUGCUCCGAAACUGCCCAGGACUUUUCGCCCAUGUUCUUUGGCCAAGACCAGAGCUUCCAUGAGCUCUUCUGUGUGAGCAUCCAGCUGCUGAAUAAGACCUGGAAGGAGAUGCGGGCCACUCAGGAAGACUUUGACAAGGUCACGCAAGUGGUGCGGGAGCAGCUGGCCCGCACGCUGGCCCUGAAGCCCAGCUCCCUGGAGCCCUUCCGAACCAAGGUGAACGCACUCACCUACGGGGAGGUCCUGCGCCUGCGGCAGACAGAGCGGCUGCAUCAGGAAGGCACGCUGGCCCCUCCCAUUCUGGAGCUGCGGGAGAAGCUGAAGCCAGAGCUCAUGGGCCUGAUCCGCCAGCAGCGUUUGCUCCGCCUCUGCGAGGGGACACUCUUCCGCAAGAUCAGCAGCCGACGGCGCCAGGACAAGCUGUGGUUCUGCUGCCUGUCCCCCAACCACAAGGUGCUGCAGUAUGGGGAUGUGGAGGAGGGUGUCGGCCCGCCCGCCCCCGAGAGCCUGCCUGAGCAGCUCCCUGUGGCUGACAUCAGGGCACUGCUGACAGGCAAGGACUGCCCCCACGUCCGGGAGAAGGGCUCGGGAAAGCAGAACAAGGACGUCUGUGAGUUAGCUUUCUCAGUCAGCUAUGACCACGGGGAGGAGGAGGCAUACCUCAACUUCGUUGCCCCAUCCAAACGGGAGAUGGGCUGAGCGCCCUGCUGGGCAGUCCCAUGGGCAGUGAGCAGACACGGCUGGACCUGGAGCAGCUGCUGACCAUGGAAACCAAGCUGCGGUUGCUGGAGCUGGAGAAUGUGCCCAUCCCUGAGCAGCCACCCCCCAUCCCCCCGCCCCCCACCAACUUCAACUUCUGCUACGACUGUAGCAUCGCUGAACCUUGACAAUGAGGUUGGCCAAGGGCCACAGCUGCUGCCACUGUGGUGGCCACAAAGGGUGGAGGUGGGGAGAAGCACAGGUACCCUGACCAGCAGAGGCUGCAGCAGAAAUAAAGUCUGCUUGGCUCUUA